AUUACUCGCUUCCUAAAUACACUGAAACAUUCCAUACCAACUUCUCUGUUGAACUAUGUUGGAGAAGCCAAAGUCAAUAGGAGAUUUGACCAUGCAAAUUUUGGCUUGAAACCUAAGCACAGGAUUUUUAGCCAGCAUCCAAUGGUGAAUGACGAUCUUCCAAACCGAAUUAUUGCAGGCAGUGUACUGGUAAAGUGCAACGUGACAAAGUUUACAGAAACGGAUGCCAUUUUUGAUGAUGAGACUGUAGAAAAAAACAUUGAUGCUGUCAUAUUUGCAACAGGCUAUAGCUUCAGUUUCCCUUUUUGCAAAGAGAUUAAAGUAGAAAAGAACAAAGUGUCGUUAUAUAAAUAUACUUUUCUGCCUGAGCUGGAGAAACAGACUCUAGCUGUCAUUGGUUUGAUACAACCACUUGGAGCCAUCAUGCCCAUCUCGGAACUUCAGUGUCGAUUGGCUGCAAAGAUCUUCGCUGGAGAAAAACAGCUGCCCUCAGUUAGUGCCAUGAAGGAGGAUAUCAGACAAAAGAAAGAAGAGAUGGCAAGACGCUAUGUGUACAGUCAGCGUCAUACCAUACAGGUAGACUACAUAGAGUACAUGGAUGAAUUAGCAGAAUUGUUGGGUGUGAAGCCUGAUUUGUGGAAGCUCCUUCAUACUGACCCCAAACUUGCUUGGAGCAUCUAUUUUGGACCCUGUACACCUUAUCAGUAUCGAAUAACUGGGCCUGGAAAGUGGGACAAAGCCAGAAAAAACCAUCCUGACUCAAUGGGAUCGAACAGUGAAGCCAACAAGAACUCGCUAUGUACAGGAAAGCUCAGGCGUUUCUCCUAUACGAUUGUUUCUUCUGGGAAUACUGGUGGUUUUUGCUGCUAUAUUUUUUUACUCUUA